CACGUCUGAGCAGAGUAGCAAUAGCCAAUCAGCAGAAGCCACCGUGUGUUUGGAAACAACAUUCCUUGGUGAAAUAGUCGCGUGUCUGCUACAUCCGCCAGCGUCAGCACAUUUUAAUAAGUGUAAAUUCAGUCGGAUGAGUUGCUCAGCUGUACUUCUAUCGUACCAAAUUUACAAAUUGCAGCGAGUACAUUGGAUAAGGUCAGACUGGUCUGAGCUCGAAGGCAUAAAAUGGACCGAGGAGGAAUCCAACAAAGGGCCAUCACGCUUGUGAUAAAAACGCCCAGCCAAGCUUACGGGGAUCAAACCAUCGAAGGGGUUCAUCUGGAUUGGACUGUCAAUGAUUUAAAAGUGCACUUGUCAACAGUGUAUCCAGACAAACCGGCGGUGGGUGACCAGAGGCUGAUCUAUGCAGGCAAACUACUGCCCAACCAUCUUCACCUAAAAGAUCUCUUCAAACAGACGGACUCCACUCCUACGCUGCACCUGGUGUGUUCUGUCAGGAGCCCGGCCGAUAACCAGCUGGGAGCACGACCAAAAGUCAGAGAGGCACAACCUCUUCCCCCUCAUCCUCCGUUCACCUCCAGGCCCCCACCCAUGGCACAGAGCCCCGUGGGCAGCCCCGGGUCCAGCCCGAGGCCCGCCUCAGCCUCCUCUCCCCCUGGAGCCAGCUCCCCCUCCACAGCGCAGGCCGCUGCCGGUCCCGACGUGGCCUCGGUCCCGUCAGAGCUGAGGCAGCGGAGGGCUACCUCCGCGGGCUCUGAUGCAGCCCCAGUUCACAGAGCUACACCCGCUGCAGCAUCCAGAAUGCCGGGCCCGGGGAACAUGGCCCAGCCCACCUUCCCCACGUACUCCCUGUACAGCCCUCAGCAGCUCCUGUGGCUGCAGCACAUCUACGCCAGACAGUACUACAUGCAGUACCACGCGGCGAUGGCGGCGGCAGGUUCCACCUCGCUGGCGCCAGCUGCCACCCCUGCCCUGCACGCCCCCGUUCUCGCUCACCAAGCACCCGUCCCCGCCCACUUACCCAAUCCAAAUCCAAUCGACAACCUCCCGGCCAAUCAGAAUCCAGCACCGGACGCUCCUUUCAUCAACCCCGGUGCAGCCAAUCAAAACAUGCGAAUGAACGCACAGGGAGGGGCGGUGAUGGAGGACGAGGACGAGGUGGAGCGCGAUUGGUUGGACUGGAUAUACUCGGCCGCCCGAUUGGGCGUCUUGCUGAUGAUCGUGUACUUCAACUCCAGCCUGAGUCGGUUUAUGCUGGUGAUGGGCGCCCUUGUACUGAUGUACCUACAUACAGCCGGCUGGUUUCCCUUCCGGAGAAGAGCUGCCAAUGUGCUGCAGCAGCAGCAGCAGCAGCUGGAAGCCCUACACAAUCAACAGAACCAGGCAGUGGAAGAGCCUGCUGAUGUAGAGAGGGAGGAGCCUGUCCACGAAGGGGAGGAGCCCGUCCUCGCAGGGGCGGCCCCAGAAGAGCAGGGACCAAUGGCCGCUGUGCUGGUGCCUCCGUACAGGGUGUCGGCCGUGUGGACGGCCUGGGUGUUCUUCAAGUCCUUCUUUUCCUCACUCGUACCGGAGGCACCACGAGGUAUAGCCAACUAACCAUCAAUCAACCCCUGGACGGUCCCCACUCCUUUCCAAUGGACUGAAUCAUGCUGAAGAAGCCAUGGCAUGUUUAGAAAAAAUAACUUUAAGAUCCUCAUGCAGUGAAAAUGAUUCUAAAAGGACUCACUUCAACGGGACAGAAUGCUACACGGGAAACCAGUCGUUUUGAGAGGAUAAACGAAAAUGCUGUCAUGCCAGCAAUAAAAAGCAACCGACCGAGCCCUAGAUCAGACAAGGGAAUAAAAAAUGGGACACAAAACAGCUUUGUGUAUGCGAUGCAUACCUCUUUUUGCAAUGAUCAAUGUGAUGCCAACCGAUGGCAGCGCAGAGCUUUAGUAUCUGUGCAGGUUUGGUGGGGUUCAGCUAGAAGUCUUCGUCUUCCUUUUGAAACAUGUUCAUGUCUGCUAUAGGCCUUGGAGGUAUCUUUUGAUAAUUGACAAUACUGUACACAUUAACCAUCGAAAAAGGGCAUUGAUGUUGUGUAUUUGAAAUCAAAACUAACCCUAAACAGAAGGAUCCUGUAAUGGCCUUGUCUUCAGAUAUAAUACUUCUGUGUUCACUGUUAUUGAAACAAUAAUCAACAGGGAAAAUUAGCUUCCAUUUAGGUGAUGACUCUUGGUGUUGUAAUGUAGAGACAUGUUAUCGGCUCCCUUAUAGCAGCCAAUGACAGCAGCUAUUGUGUCAGCUGUGUUAGGUAGCAACACACCAUGCCUCUAGCCACCAAUCAAAACUAGCCCUGGACAUGGUAGGUCCAUGGCAUUCUUUGGGUCCAUCACUUUAACUUAUUAUUUCAACAGAAUAGAAUCAUCCUUUCAUAUAUAUAUAUAUAUAUAUAUAUAUAUACCUACCAAUAUUUCAUGCCUUUGGAUAUGUCUAUGGUGUGUCUGAUUUUGGACCAAUCCUAAACUCUAAAGACAUUUAUAUUUUCAAUUGUGUUUAUAAGACAUGCAUGUCUGUAUGUAAAACUGGGUUGAAACGUAUCAGACAUUUGACCUACAGCAGAUAAUAUGUUUUGACCUGCCUUAAAAAAGAAACUUUUCAUGAAUUUAUUUUUCUCAUGAAUAUGAUUCCUAAGGUAUCUACCGAAAGGUGAUUGUGACCAAACACAGGCUUAAGCACUUUCUGUUUCUGCCAAAUGCUCCGGUUUGUACAUAUAUACAUAUUGUGUGUAGUUUUUAUAUUGGCAUAAACAAGAAAGAAAUUAUGUAUACCUAAUAUAAGGAUGAUAAUAUAAAUGUAACUUCACACAGCACUUUACACCAUGUAUUCUUCUUAUGCAAGUUUUUCUGGAGAGUUGUGACCUGACAUCAGUUGAAAUUUAUUUAGAGUAGAGCGGAUCAGAGGAUUUAAUCUAAGACAAAAAGGUUAAAAAUGGGACCAUGCUAAAUAAAGUUAUGCAUAAUAUUGUUAUGGUACUUGGAUAGAACAGAACCAGCUCUCAAAUGAAGAUGGAUACCUUCAGGAUAUGGUUGAGUCAUGUUUUUAAGCUAGUUGUACAUACAAACAAAGUAAACAGAAAGCUGAAGGUUGCUGAUUGUGUUCUUUAUGCAGACAGGACACUUUAAGAAUCAAAACGGACCUUGCUAUACCUAAAAAUCGACUGUUUCAUGAGUGCCGCCAUCUGUCAAAUACGUGAUUUUUAUUUUUUAUUCAUUCAGAUUUCAUUUAGUUCUGCUUUUUUAAAAGCCUUUCAAGCUCGAUUUAAUGUAAUAACAUGAAAAAAUAAUUUGUGAAAAUAGACAGCCUCAAGAGUUUAAACAUUAUUUUAGACCAUUUCAUAAAUUGAGUCAGUGUUUUAUCAACUGUAUUGUAUUUUUUAUCUGCUCUCUGUUUCUCUAUGUACAUUGUAAAUGCUAAUCAGUUUUAGCUUGCAUUUUUCAUGGUUUCUCGAUGGGGGCGGGGUAAUAUUGAUGCAAUAAAUGAUGUGUUGAAAGGAA